AUGAUGCACAGGCACGGGCUCGCCCACAACGACAUCAAGCCAGCCAACGUGUGCGUGCGGGUGGGCGCGGAGGGAGCCCGGGUCAUCGACUUCGGUGUGACCCUGGCGGCCGGGACGCUGCCGAGGCUGGGGAUCCAGUGGGACGAGCGCCUGUGCUACGCCCCCGAGAUCUGCGGGAGCGAGAGGGCCGGCCCGCGCGGCAGCCUCUCCGACGCGUACGCCGUGGGCAAGCUGCUGCUGGUCCUGUUCAGCGGGAAGCCGCAGAUGCCGCAGCUGGUGAGGCGCUGGUUCUUCAGGAGCCAGGAGCUGAGGCCAACAGAGCGCCAGGGCCUGGGCUCGCUACUGGAGGCCCUCGAGAGGAUCCGCCUGCUCCGCCGCUGCUACUGA